CCACAAACCAUCACAGAUAUACCACAACAGUCUACCACCAUUUUCCCCUUUCACGUUAUCAAAACCCAACACCUCCACAACAAUGGCGGUUUCAUCUUCAUCACUCAUCCUCUCUCCACCAUCACUCACCAAAUCACACCUCACCUCUCUUUCUCUCUCAUGGAAACAACUUCCUCGAAACCUCUCUCUUCCACGUCACCACCGCCGCCGUGCGCCACCAAUUUUCGCCGUCGUCGUCUCCAUGAACUCCAAACCUACAAUUCUCGUCGCCGAAAAACUCGGUGACGCAGGCCUCGAUCUGUUAAAAUCAUUCGCAAACGUUGAUUGUUCGUAUAACUUGAGUCCUGAAGAACUCUGCACGAAGAUAUCGCUCUGUGACGCGUUGAUUGUACGGAGCGGGACUAAGGUGAGCCGCGAGGUGUUUGAAUCGUCCGGUGGCCGGCUUAAGGUCGUUGGACGCGCCGGCGUUGGUAUUGAUAAUGUGGAUCUGGCUGCGGCGACGGAGCAUGGUUGUCUUGUGGUUAAUGCGCCCACGGCUAAUACGGUUGCGGCUGCGGAGCAUGGGAUUGCUCUUCUUACUGCUAUGGCUCGGAAUGUUGCUCAGGCGGACGCCUCUAUUAAAGCCGGAAAAUGGCAGAGGAACAAAUAUGUGGGCGUGUCACUUGUUGGCAAGACUCUUGCAGUGAUGGGUUUUGGGAAAGUUGGUACCGAAGUUGCAAGGCGUGCAAAGGGGCUCGGUAUGAAUAUAAUUGCACACGAUCCGUAUGCUCCAGCAGAUCGUGCUCAUGCAAUUGGUGUGGAUUUAGUAAGUUUUGAUGAAGCUAUUGCAACCGCUGAUUUCAUCACACUUCACAUGCCUCUCACUCCUGCUACAUCAAAGAUAUUGAAUGAUGAAAACUUUGCAAAGAUGAAAAAAGGUGUUAGAAUAGUAAACGUCGCUCGUGGUGGAGUGAUAGAUGAAGAUGCUUUGGUUAGAGCAUUAGAUGCUGGCAUUGUAGCACAGGCUGCACUUGAUGUAUUCACCGUAGAACCUCCACCGAAGGAUAGCAAGUUGGUUAAUCAUGAAAAUGUCACUGUCACUCCUCAUCUUGGUGCUAGCACCACAGAAGCUCAGGAAGGAGUGGCUAUUGAAAUUGCUGAAGCUGUCGUUGGAGCAUUAAGAGGCGAGCUUGCUGCUACUGCAGUAAAUGCUCCCAUGGUUCCUUCUGAGGUACUUAUAGAACUGAAACCUUAUGUUACACUGGCGGAAAAACUAGGGCGUUUGGCUGUACAGUUAGUAGCAGGAGGAAGUGGUGUAAAAACCGUAAAAGUCACAUACACAUCAGCCCGAGCUCCCGAUGACCUGGACACUAGACUACUUCGUGCGAUGGUCACUAAAGGUCUAAUUGAGCCUAUUUCUAGUGUAUUCGUUAACUUAGUAAAUGCAGAUUUCACAGCCAAACAAAGAGGAAUACGGAUCAGUGAAGAACGGGUCAUCUUAGACGGGUCCCCCCAGAAGCCACUCGAGGCCAUUCGGGUCCAGAUUGCUAAUGUCGAGUCUAGAUUCGCGAGUGCAAUUUCUGAACUGGGAGAGAUAAAAGUUGAGGGUCAGGUCAAAGAUGGGAUUCCUCGUUUGACUAAAGUUGGAGAUUUUGGAGUUGAUGUGAGUUUGGAAGGAAAUAUUAUACUUUGCAGGCAGGUUGACCAGCCGGGUAUGAUCGGAUUGGUUGGAAGCAUAUUGGGAGAAGAGAACGUGAAUGUGAGUUUCAUGAGCGUGGGUAGGACCGUCCCGAGAAAGCAAGCUAUUAUGACGAUUGGUGUUGAUGAGAAACCGAGCAAAGAGGCAUUGAAGAAGAUUGGAGAUAUUCCAGCUGUUGAGGAGUUUGUGUUUCUUGCUUUGUAAGGGGGACUGGCUGAACUCAUUUUUUGGGUAGUAGCAAGACGAUAAUAGACGCUAGGGAGGUGGUGAGAUGGUCACGUCAGUCGGGUUGGCUCAAUUCUUUGGUACAACUGAUACCAAUCGAGUAAUUAGGUUGAAUCACAAGCAUAUUUUUCUGUCUAUUUCAAACAUUUAAUUUUUUCUCUUUAUUUCUGAAUUCUGAACACCUUUUUGUUUUCUUCUAUUGCGAAAAAUUGGAUUUUAAUA